UGGGCCAAUGCAGUGGCAACUUCCAGAACAGCACAUAGAGAGCUACUAUAUGCUGCGCCGUCCUCAGACUUUUUGAGCCGUUUCACGGGAGCACAAGGUGUAGUACUCUGCGUGGCCUUCAAAAUGGCACGUCUAGGCCUUCCCGCAUUUGUUGUCCUGUGCCUCUCUUUGCUUCACUCCAUCUCCGGACGCCCGCCUCGCAUCAGGAAGGCCGUGUCACCUCGAGCAACGGAGGAUGAUGAUGUCAAGGGCCAGCUUGAGAAGUUGUGGCGGGAGGUGAAUUUGCUAAAAGAGAUGCAGGCCUUGCAGACAGUUUGCCUCCGUGGCAUCAAAGUUUACAGGAAGUGCUAUCUCACCAUUGAGGAACCCAAACACUACCACGAGGCGAACGAAGACUGCAUCGCGCAAGGAGGAACUCUUGCGACGCCGCGAGAUGCCAUGGAGAACAAUGACCUUCGAGAUUAUGCCAAGAGGAGUUCUCCAGGUUCCAAGGACUUCUGGAUCGGCGUAGCCGACAUAGUGAAAGAAGGCCAGUACGUUGACGUCAAUAGUCAACCUGUCAGCUAUCUCAACUGGGACCGCUCCAAGAAGCAGCCCACAGGAAGCAAGCGGGAGAGCUGUGUGUCUCUUUCAGUGGCCGCACAGGGCAAGUGGUACGAUGAGGUGUGUCGCAGUUUGAAAAAGUACAUUUGUGAAUAUGUUAUUCCCUAAAGGCCACAUGUCUGGCUCUCCUUUGUUGGUCAAUGGAUGAAACUGAAAGAUAGUACAGUCAUGUAUUUCCUCAAAUAGUGGCUAAGGCAAAUAAACAACUUGCUCAAAUAGGCACACCCUUUUUAAUGAGAAAAAUCUAAGUGGCCUGACCCUACGAUUUUAAUUCGUUCCGUGACAAUACUUGUUCUGCUUGUGAUUUUUUUUUUUUUUUAAGAUAAAAAAUAUAUAUCUGUGGUUGCCCUUUAAUCACUCCACAAGGUUGUGUGUGUCCAUGUUUGUGCUGUGGGGACAAAUAAAGGCAUCCUUACUUUCCCCAUAUCUGCAGUUGAGUAAAUAAUAAUCUUAUAGAAAUGGCACUAUUUGUGGAAAUACAUUAUUACGUUACACUCUUUGUUAUUAAAAAUGUGGAAAUGGUAAAAUAAUUACAAAUUGGAUCGGACCUCUGAUGUGGUGAAAUAUUGUUUAUGAAUAAUGUCUGCCGAUCUGUACAACCCAAACGCAACCUAUAGAAGUGUACAAUUCUUUUAAUUCAAGAUGUUUAUGUAAUGUUCUAACAACUCAAAACAUAAAUUACUUUAGCAAUAAAGUGUACAAUUGACA